ACACCAAAACAAUCUAUCCAAGCGGGGUCACGUCUUCCGCUUCUGCUGUGGCUUUGGGAGCCGUUACGUUAUCCAUUCCUUUCUCUCCCGCUCUCAUGCCCCACUGCCGCCGCUCCAGCUCUAGACUCUUCAACGCGGAAUGAGAGAGCGGGAUUCGGCGAGGAGGCUCGCAAUCGGCAUUUUCAUCUAGGGUUUUUCUCGGGUUUUAGCUCCCAUUUGGAAUGCUGCAAGGAUUCGACUAAGCCCGAAAGCGUGAAAGAUGUGGGGUACGUUUCAUGUACUUGAUGAGCACCUCGAUGGUUUUUUGUGGAAAUGUUUUAUUGUUUAGGGAUGGGAAUUAUGGGAACGAGAAUCGAGUCGGCGAAGCUCUGGGAGUUUGUGAUUUCGGUUGGAAGAGGAGAAGAUUUCGGGUCCGACGACUGGUGCUCUCCGCGAAGGGGGGUCAUGAACGGAAGAGGCCUUGGUGGGAAAGGCUGUUUUUGGAAGAGGAUGAUGAAGUGUCAAGUGGUUGGAAGGAGGAUGUAAUCGAGCACCACGAGGAGGUAGAAGAAGAGGUGUCGGAGGAUGAAAAGUUUGAAGCUUGGAAGAGAAGGGCUGAGGCGAUCACUGAGCUGAGGGAAGCACGGGAAGAUGCGAGAAAUGCUGAGGCGCGAGGUUGGGAGGACUGGGUUGGAGAUGGUUCGCUGGAUUCAGUUGGUUCUUCUUGGGAUAAGGAUUUUGGGGAGGAAGGUUCGGAAGCAGGCGAUGAGGUCUCCAGUGAUCCUUCUGAAAUAAUGCGGGAGAAGGGUUUUAUUGGGGCUAUGAGGAAUUUGAUCACAGGGAAGGAUGAUAAUGAGCUGUUGUUUGAAGACAGAGUUUUUCAAUUUGCUUCAACAAGCUCGGCUAAGUUCCUCGCUUUGCUGGUUCUUAUUCCUUGGUUUGUGAGCUUUUUGGUUCAUGACUACGUUCUCAUGCCAUUUUUGGACAGGUAUGUGAAAACCGUGCCUCUUGCAGCGGAAAUGCUUGACGUCAGAAGACCUCAAAAAUUAGAGAUGGUUAAGACUUUGAGAGUCGAAAAAGCAAGGUAUCGCUUGGAAGUGGAGAUUGGUAAAGCACCUCCUCUUUCCGACGAAGAUCUUUGGAUGGAGUUACGACAGAAAGCGAUAGAAUUAAGAGAUGAGUACAGGCUUGAAAAUCGGAGAGCUUUUGGAAAUAUCUGGUCGGAUAUGGUCUACGGAGUAACCUUAUUCAUUCUAAUUUAUGCAAAUAAAAGCAAAGUUGCUUUGCUGAAGUUUACAGGGUAUAAGCUACUAAAUAAUAUAUCAGAUUCAGGGAAGGCAUUUCUCAUUAUUCUUAUUACUGACAUUUUUUUGGGGUACCAUUCAGAGUCUGGUUGGCAGGCUCUUAUAGAAAUAAUUCUUGAUCAUUAUGGUUUAGAAGUUGAUCAAGCUGCAAUAACCAUUUUCAUCUCCACCUUCCCUGUCUUCAUUGACGCUUCUGUCAAGUUAUGGCUGUUCAAGUUCCUGCCAAAAUUAUCUCCAAAUGUAGCCAACAUCUUUGACGAAAUGAAGCGUCAUUAGAGGGGAAAAUCUGAAUUCAUCUGCAGCCACUGCAUCAGGCCAACAUAAUAAUAAUAAUUCUUAUUAAAUUUUAAUUAGAAUGAUCUUUAUAUUCACAUUUAUUCUGUGUUGGGGUAAUAUAAAUUUUGAUUUUUUUCAUUUAUGUCAAAAUGAAUUAAAUAGAUGUAAAAUUAUACAGAGGAGAAUUGCAAAUAAAAAAUUAUA